GCGCCAUUUACAAGUUGGACUUCUCAGAGUCGACGAGACGGUCGACAUGACACUGAUCUGAAUUUUCUUGAAUAUUUUUCACGUAUUUUGGAAUCGCCGACAUUUUUCCCAAGCGACAUUUGGACCGGGCAAGCGACUUUUGCGAACGAUUUUGCGGAAGGUAGACGAAGAAGCCCGCGAAAAAUAACUUAGUGGCCGGGUUCCGUCUAUUUACUGAAAUGCAUCAGUUCAAAAGCGGAUUUUUUCCCCAUCUGACAACACUUUUACAAACUAUUAUCGGAAGCUGAAAUGCGUAAUGUUAACCGAGACCACUUUUACUUCAAAUCAUGCCAUCUAAAAGUGCAAAGCGCUCCACUGCCGCUGCCUCCUCCAAGUCAGGAGGAAAGGGGUCGCAGCCUCAGGAUGACUCCGAGGACGAGCUGGACGUAACCCCCCGAGGAAGCCGCUCCAAUGGCCAAGGAGAGCAGGCACCGCCGCCGACAACUGAUCCGCCUGUCGCGGAGGCUGCCGAGGCGGUUGAUAGUCGCCCUUUGGAGGAGAUUCUCGAUAGCAUCCCUCCACCCCCGCCCCCAGCCAUGACCAAUGAGCCGGGCGCUCCUCGCCUCAUGAUAACGCAUUUAGUCAAUCGCAACUUCAAGUCGUACGCAGGCGAGCAGAUUCUGGGGCCCUUUCACAAGCGCUUUUCCUGCAUCAUUGGUCCGAAUGGAAGUGGCAAGUCCAAUGUGAUCGACUCCAUGCUAUUUGUGUUUGGAUACAGAGCUCAAAAGAUCCGAUCGAAAAAGCUAUCGGUGCUUAUCCACAGUUCUGAUCAGCACAAAGAUGUGCAAAGCUGUACUGUGGAGGUGCAUUUUCAAAAGAUUAUUGAUAAGGAAGGAGAUGACUACGAAGUCAUCCCCAACAGCAAGUUCUAUGUUUCCAGGAGUGCCAACAAAGACAAUUCGUCAGCCUACUACAUCAAUGGCAGAAAAGCUACAUUCAAAGAAGUGGGCAGUUUGCUUCGAAGCCACGGUAUUGACUUGGACCACAACAGAUUUCUCAUCCUACAGGGUGAGGUGGAGCAAAUUGCCAUGAUGAAACCUAAAGGUCAGACUGAGCAUGACGAGGGAAUGCUGGAAUACCUGGAGGACAUUAUCGGCUCCUGUCGCCUGAAGGACCCCAUCCAAACACUAUCCCGCAGAAUUGAAUUGCUUAAUGAACAGAGGGGGGAGAAGCUCAAUCGAGUCAAGCUUGUGGAGAAGGAGAAGAAUGCUCUCGAGGGAGAAAAGAACAAAGCUGUGGAGUUUCUUACUCUGGAAAAUGACAUCUUCAAACACAAGACUCGCCUCUGUCAAUAUUCUGUUCAUGAUCUGCAAAAGCGUGUGGUAGAUAAAGAGCAGGAGAAGCAGAAGAUCUUGGAGGACACCAAGGGACUCACCGAGAAAACCGCUAAGAUAUCGGAAGAGAUUGAGAAAAUGAAUCAAGAGCUCAAAAAUGUGGAAAAAAAACAGGACAAGAUUAGCAAGUACAUGGAGACCCAGAAGGAGAAGUUCACCCAGCUGGACCUGCAGGACGUUGAAGUGCGUGAGAAGAUCAGACACUCUAAGAGCAAGAACACAAAGUUGCAGAAGCAGCUGGAGAAGGAUAAAGAAAAGUUGGAAGAGGUGCGUGGUGUACCCGCCAACAGCGAAAAGGCCAUCUCGGAGGCAACCGCUCGCAAGGAAGAGCUGGAGAAGCAUAAGGGGAAAGAGGAAGAAAAACUCAAGAAGGUGAUGGAGAGCCUGAAAGAAGAGACCAGCGGCUUGCAACAAGACAAAGAGACCAAAGAGAGAGAGCUGAUGGAGCUAAGCAAGUCCGUGAACGAGACACGCUCUCGUAUGGACCUGGCUCAGUCGGAGCUCGGCAUCUACUUGAGCCGCCAUAACACUGCAAUCACCCAGCUCAACUCAGCCAAACAGACCCUUCAGACCACAUCGGACAUGCUGCGGGAGCGCCGCACCGCUAUUAAAGAGCUGGAAGCCAACAUACCGCAGAAAGAGAAAGCGCUCAAGAAGGAUGAAGAAGAGCUGGACCAACUGACAAAGAUGGAUAACGAGACCCGUCACAUUGUGAGGGAAAUGAGGCAGAAAGCCGACGAGGCCAAGAGCUCUCUGUCCUCCAACCGCAGUCGAGGGAAGAUCCUGGAUGCUCUCACACAGCAGAAAAGGAGUGGGAGAAUUCCUGGUAUUCUUGGAAGGCUAGGAGACCUUGGAGCCAUUGACGAGAAGUAUGACGUGGCCAUUUCCUCCAGUUGCGGCGCACUUGAUCACAUCGUGGUAGACACCAUCGACACAGCUCAAAAAUGUGUCACGUUUCUCAAAGAGCAGAACAUCGGCGUGGCCACCUUCAUUGGUCUCGACAAGAUGAAGGUGUGGGAAAAGAACAUGGGCCCAAUCCGCACCCCUGAGGAAAGCCCCCGUCUCUUUGACAUGGUAAGAGUGAACAACACCAGCGUGCGUCCGGCCUUCUACUUCGCCCUGAGGGACACCCUGGUAGCUCAGGACAUGGAGCAGGCCACAAGGAUAGCCUUCCAGAGAGACAAGCGCUGGAGAGUGGUGACCCUCAAGGGCCAGAUCAUCGAGGUGGCCGGAACAAUGACUGGAGGAGGAAGAGUAAUGAAGGGCAGGAUGGGCUCCUCUCUGAACACUGAGGUCUCCCAGGAAGAGCUCGACCGCAUCGAGAGCAAGCUGAACGAGAACGUGACAAAACUGAAGGGCUGCCAGGAAAGGAAGCUGCAGCUGGAGGACAACGUUCAGCACCUCCGCUCUCACCUCCGCGACAUGAAGAAUACGCUGGAAAAAUACGCCAACAGCAUGACCAGUCUGGCUGACCAGGAGAGCCAUCUAAAGGUUCAGAUGAAGGAGCUGGAGGCCAAUGUGCUGGCUGCUGCCCCGGACAAGACCAAACAGAAGCAGAUGGAGAACAGCCUGGAAGCCUUCAAGAAAGACUUCGAAGCAGCAUCCAGUAAAGCCGGAAAGGUGGAAAACGAGGUGAAGCGGCUCCACAACCUGAUCGUGGACAUCACCAGCCACAAACUGAAGGCUCAGCAGGACAAGCUGGACAACAUCAACAAAGCUCUCGACGAAUGCUCCUCCAGCAUCACCAAGGCCAAGGUCGCCAUCAAGACGGCACACCGAAACCUGAAAAAGUGCGAGGAGAGCGUGACUCGCGUGCAGACCGAGUUGGAGCACAACCGGAAGUCUUUGGCGGAGUUCACAGAGCAGCUGAAGAAACUGGAGGACGAGGCGGGAGAGAUCAUGAAAGCUUGUCAGGAAGCUGAGGCCGCGCUGCCCGAGGUGCAAGAGAAGUACCAGACGGUGGCGAAGGAGAUCAAGGUCCUGCAGCAGCAGGAACACUCCCUGCAGGAGGAGUCGCUGAACGUACGGCUACGUGUGGAGCAGAUAGAGGCCACCGUCGGCGAGUACAAGGACAAGAUAAAACACUGGCAGAAGGAGGCCGCGAAGCUGUCCCUGCACGCCGUCGAGGGCACACCGGACGAGGAGUUUCCUGUUCUUACAGCCGAGCAACUCGACGAAAUCACUGACCGCAAUGUCAUCAUUAACAAGAUAAUGACCUUGGAGACCAAGUGUGCUCAAAUAAAGCCCAACCUCGGCGCCAUUGCCGAGUACAAGAAGAAGGAAGAGCUGUACCUGCAGCGUGUGGCCCAGCUGGACGAGAUCACCACACAGCGGGACAACUUUAAGCGCGGCUACGCAGACCUUCGCAAACAGCGCCUCACAGAGUUCAUGAGCGGCUUCAACAUGAUCACCAACAAGCUAAAGGAGAACUACCAAAUGCUUACGCUGGGGGGCGACGCUGAGCUCGAGCUUGUGGACAGUCUGGACCCUUUCUCCGAGGGCAUUAUGUUCAGUGUGCGUCCACCCAAGAAGAGCUGGAAAAAGAUCUUUAACCUAUCAGGAGGAGAGAAGACCCUCAGUUCCCUGGCUCUGGUGUUCGCCCUGCACCACUACAAGCCUACACCGCUCUACUUCAUGGACGAGAUCGAUGCGGCGCUUGAUUUCAAGAACGUCUCCAUUGUCGCCGGGUACAUCUAUGACCAAACCAAGAACGCUCAGUUCAUCAUCAUCUCACUAAGAAACAACAUGUUUGAGAUCGCCGACCGCCUCAUCGGCAUCUACAAGACGCACAACACGACCAAGAGUGUUGCGAUCAACCCCAAGACCAUCAUGUUCCGAGACCACGACGCCAUCACUGCCUAGGAGCGCUCUCGCUUCAAUCUUUGUUUCCUAUCUCAUCUCUUGUAAAUACUUUAUACUGUACCGUAUGAUAAAGUGCUGCUAUUCUUUUUUUAUACACUGUAAAUAAAGUUUUUCCAUUUGAA